AUACGCAAGCCUGACUUUUCUCUGGAGUUUGCAACCUCAAACAGAACACGUGUGAGCAAAUGAUAUUGAGGGUGAGGAGCGUGCUUUUUCUCUCCUCCAGUACCUUUAAUAUUUAUUAAGAAGAAAGGAAAAGAGGAAAGAAUUUAAUUGAUUGCUUUUCUGACGCGGGAAACAAACGGAAAAAAUGGGUUUGUACAAUUUCAAGAAAAUCGCGGUUGUUCCAACUGCAAAGGAAUUCAUUGAUAUAAUCCUCUCAAAGACACAACGGAAGACACCGACUGUUAUUCACAAGCAUUAUAAGAUCACGAGGAUACGCUCUUUCUACAUGCGGAAAAUUAAAUUCACUCAGCAAAGUUUUCAUGAUAAAUUAUCCAGCAUAAUACAAGAAUUUCCUAAGCUAGAUGACAUUCAUCCCUUCUAUGCUGAUCUGAUGAAUGUCUUAUAUGAUAAGGAUCACUAUAAACUGGCCCUUGGACAAAUAAAUACCGCUAGGCAUUUAAUUGACAAUGUGGCGAAAGAUUAUGUUCGUCUUUUAAAGUACGGAGAUUCGUUAUAUCGAUGUAAGCAACUAAAGAAAGCUGGUUUGGGUCGAAUGGCCACCAUUAUGAAAAGACAAGCAGCUAAUCUGACAUAUCUCGAACAAGUCCGUCAACACUUGGCUCGAUUGCCAAGUAUAGAUCCUUAUACACGCACGAUAAUUAUUUGUGGUUUCCCAAACGUUGGCAAGAGCAGUUUUAUUAACAAAAUUACUCGAGCUGAUGUAGAGGUUCAACCAUAUGCAUUCACAACAAAAUCUUUGUAUGUGGGACAUACUGAUUACAAAUACUUGAGAUGGCAGGUGAUUGAUACACCUGGAAUACUAGAUCAUCCACUGGAACAGAGAAAUGUCAUAGAAAUGCAGGCAGUUACUGCUCUUGCUCAUUUACGAGCCGCCGUGCUUUAUUUCUGCGACUUGUCAGAGCAAUGUGGUCAUACUUUGGAAGAACAGGUAAAAUUAUUUGAAUCUAUAAAACCCUUAUUCGCAAACAAACCUCUGAUAAUAGUCAUGAACAAAGCGGAUAUUGUACGUUUGGAUGAAUUAUCCCCAGAGAAAAGAGCUGUUCUGAAAGUAUUAGAGGAUGAUGCAAACAUACCUGUGCUAGAGAUGAGCACUGUUACUGAUUUCGGUGUGAUGGAAGUGAAAUUGGAGGCUUGCGAGCGACUUCUGGCCUUCAGAGUCGAUCAAAAGAUUAAGACUAAGAGGGUGGAAGGGGUUCUUAACCAAUUGCAUCUUGCUCAACCAACAAGAAUAGAUCCUAAUCGCGUUCCAUGUAUACCGGAAAUCAUUUUAAAAAAGAAGCAGGCUGCUGCGCAGAAAAUGGAAAGAAAACGCAAAUUAGAAAGGGAGAUAGAGGAGGAGAUGGGAGAUGAUUAUGUGCUUGAUCUAAAGAAGAAUUACGAUAUCGAGGGAGAUCAGAAGUAUGACAUUAUCCCAGAGAUAUGGGAAGGUCAUAAUAUAGCGGAUUACAUAGAUCCAGACAUAUUUGAAAAAUUGAAUAAUCUGGAAAAAGAAGAGCAAUUGAGGGAGCAGGCCGGCUUCUACGAUUACAAAAUACCAGAGUUGUCGGAAACAAUGCGCGAGAUUGGAGAAUUGGCGAAACAGAUUCGCGAAAAGAAGUUCAUUAUGAAGGAAGAGGCGAGAAUAUUAAAGGCUUCCACAAAACCAGUCAUGCCGCGUACAGCUGCAGCUAAGACCCGUGACCGAUCGGUCGCGAAACUGAAAGAGCAGAUGGAAGAUAUGGGUGUGAGCGUGGAAGAUACUGAAAAUGCGCACUUCAAAAAAUCAAGAACACGGUCCAGAUCUCGCUCAGAACCUGCUAGAAAACGCAUGCGUAUAGAAUCAACGUCGCGUGCCCGCAGUGUCUCGAAACCACCUCGCGAUGAAAUGGGUGUUAAAGAUGUAGUGAUGAAGACAAAACUAAAGACAAUAGCACACAAGGCAUUGAAGAAGAAGGUAGCCAAGAAAGGUCUUAAGGGUGAAGCUGAUCGUUUUAUCGGUAAUAAGAUGCCGAAACACUUAUUCUCCGGCAAAAGGGGAAUCGGUAAAACGAGCAGGAGAUAAACUUUUCAUUUAUAUCUUGUUUGUCGCGUUUCUUAAUUUAUAUUGUGUACUUUUGUGUAUAUAUACACAAAAAGAAAUCGUUGCUUUGUAAAAGUAUAAUUUUCAAUACAGACUAUACUUACGAUGUCACCAUGGAAUAUUUUAUUCACCGACGCUCGAAUACUAUCGCUGACCGAUUAAUAUUUGAUUUAUGAUCAGUAAUGGGAUUAUAUAUGUAGUUUGUGAAUGGAUUCGCGCCUCAAUCCAUUAAAACAGAAUGCGAAGACCGCUCUUCUGUCUGUUAGUCCAUUAUCGGUUGUUAAAUAAACAUCUCCGAUUUGAGAAUAGUAUUUUUGUGACGGUCCGAUGUGACAUGAAUGCGUAUAGUUGCAUAAUGCACACAAGGUAACCUUCGAACUCGAACGGGGUAAGCAGCGGCGUCACGCUCAAUGAAACUUUAUUGCUGUCGUGGCGAGAUAACCCGUCGCGCUGUGCUGGUAGAUUUCACAUUAUAUUCUAUUCAUAAAAUGCAUUAUAACGCAGAUUUCUCGACUCGAGACAAUUUUAUAGCUGUAUAAUUAUAUAAAUAAUAAAGAUAAAUAGAAAAUCAAUAAA